CAAAAUUACGGAGUUCACAAUGAUACUGAUAGUACUCCUACGGAUUUGCAUCAUUUUAUUGUGAAGAUUUUCACAGCAAUGUGUAACGAACUAAGUGGGAAAAUUUUAAGAGAUACUCUUGGAUUUGGAUCCGAUGAAAGAAUCCUGGAACAAACAUGGCAGAAGGAAUUUUAUAGAAUCGGUACACGG